GUGUCCCGUUCAAUGCAGAGGGACUCAGAGUGGAGCCCAAGAAGAAGAGCUACCAUCCGGUUCCGUCACAGGGCACUCUGACUUCCUUGCGAUUCCUGGCCAUGAAGACGAUGCAGUGCCCAGGGGAAGAUCCCGAGGCAGCUGGACAUCUGGAACCCACCAGACAAGAACUUCUCCUCUUCGCGGUCUUGGCCACGCGCCAAGUCAUGGAGUGUGAGUUGGAGGAGAUCAUCGGCGGGCCCAUGGCCGUCUUGGCGCUGACACAGUUGGAAAAGGCACGACCACGGCCGCUCAAAGAG